AUGGCUAAUGGUUUACCUUACAAAAUUGACCUUAACUCUAUAGGGCCUACGACAAAGCAAUAUCCUGCGACAAAAGUCUUUGAAUAUAAUAGUUCAAAACUAAAAUUAGUUGCAUGUGACAAUUUUAUAUUCCAUAAAUCUAACGAAACAGGUAUUAAAAGGUCAAAGCUAGAGUCAACCAUUUACAAACAUGUCUAUAAAACUCUCAACUUAUCCACUGCUACCUCUGGAAAUGAGAAUCAAGAUGAUUCAAUUUUUUCUAAUGCCUCUUGUAAUGUUACUGCUGAUAACGCAGCCAAUGCUUCCGGUAACGUUUCUGCUGCUAAUGAUGCUCCAACUUUUGAUACUGAAGAUAAUGCUCCUUUUAAUGUUAUUGCUGAUAAUGCAGCUAAUGAUUCGGGUAAUUUCUCCUCUGAUGAUAAUAAUGUUUCUCAUACUGAAUCUGUCAAUAAUGCCUAUAAAUCAUCCACUUUUUCAGACGAACAACUUUUAGCUAAAUUAAAAACGCAUCUGGAUUCAAUGAAAGAGCACUUAAAGUUGUCUAAUAAUGAUUUGGAUACAGCAAAUGUAAAGUAUACUCAUCCUCAGCAUACAAAAUGUUUGACUGAUAUUAUUAAAAAUAGUAACUUUUUUACAACACCAGAUGAACCUAGUGAAAAGAGUUUUUUGAGUAUUCUUAGAAAAGAUAUAAAAGAAAGUUUAUUUGUUAUUAAAAAAGAGUUUAAAAGAAAACAUAAUUCCUGUUUUAAAAAAUAUUAUAUUGAACAAAUAAGAAAAUAUGAAAAAGAUGGUAUUAUUGGGCAUAGUGAGAUGUGUAUUUCAACCUUAAUUGCAAACUUCAGAAUAUAUGAUGAAUGUAUACAAGAAGUUAAGGAUCCUAUGUUUAAAGCAAUUUUCCACCUUUUAAAAUCCCUUCCUACCUCCUCAGUUGCUUCCGAAAGAACUUUUUCUCAAUUAGGUAGUAUAUAUUCGGAUCGAAGAGAUAACUUAUCUUCUGAACAUGCCAAAUUAUUAUUAAAGCUUAAACUUUUUGAUAAUAUCAUUCCUGAAGCAAAUUUAAUUGAAUCGUUGGAAAAGAACAGUCCAUUUUAA